AUGAAAAACUUCGAUCAUAGUGAAAACGGCAACAUGAUAGAUUCUCUGGAUUUUUUGUAUGCGUUGAAUGUCCCUUUUAUAAAAAUUGGUUCUGGAGAUGCCAACAACGUGCUACUCUUAAGGAAAGCAGCUAAAAUGGAAAUGCCACUGGUUGUUUCAACAGGAAUGCAAACGACUAAAACGAUUGACAAUAUUGUUAAUAUAAUGCAGAGAAAUAACAAGACUAACUAUGCUUUAAUGCAUUGCGUUUCCUCGUAUCCUACAGAUCCAGAGGAUAGCUCUCUUAACAUAAUACGACUUUUAAAACAGCAGUACCCAAACGUGGUCAUAGGAUAUUCCGGUCACGAGAAGGGCAUCGACAUUAGCAAAGCAGCCGUGCUAGUAGGGGCGAGAAUUAUUGAACGUCAUUUUACAUUGGAUAAAAAACAAAAAGGCUCAGACCACAAAUGUUCAUUAGAACCCCACGAAUUUGGAAGUCUUGUUAAGCAUAUUAAAAAUCUUGCAAAACUUGGCACAUUGAAUAACGAACAAAUUUUUGAAAUUCUUGGCCAGAAGAAUGUUAUUGAAUUGGCAUUAAAGGAAGUAAAACACAGAAUAGUACUUCCAAGUGAGCUGCCGUGUAAAAUUAAAUUAGGCAAGUCAAUUGUUACUGCCAAGUAUUUAAAAGCAGGCGAUUCAUUAAAGCGAAGUGAUUUAUGCAUUAAAGUGAGUGAGCCUAACGGUAUUCCUGCAGACCAUUUUGACUCAGUCAUAGGCCGAAUUCUUAAAUGCGAUAUAGAUGAAGACUCACCUAUUCUAUUUAGUCAUCUUAUUGCUUAGAGUUAUUAAUAACUAGCUUAUACCCGCGGGUUCCACCCCGCGCUUUUAUACAAAUAUGAAAAAUAAUUUAAUGAUGUUAGAUUUUA